UGCAAAGCUCGAGCAGAUGGGCGUGCGAGUGAGGUUUGCCCCGAGUCCGACUGGUCUCCUGCACCUCGGGGGCGCCAGGACAGCGCUCUUCAACUACCUGUUUGCCUCGGGCCACAAGGGACAGUGUAUCCUUAGGAUCGAGGAUACAGACCAGGUCCCGUGUGCUUGCACACACUGUGUGAAGCAGCAAUACCUAACACAUGAUGCCUAGCAGAGCCAUAUAGCUACCUAGCAGUUAACCCACACGUCACAUACUAUAUUAUACACCCCAUUGCAUAUGUGUCAAUGUGAUACCUUACGUAUGAGCUGUUGAGUUUGUGUGUGUGUGUGUGUGUGUGUGUGUCGAGGAGAGAAUGUUUUGUCGCAGGGUCGGUUGGUUCCCGGGUCGAAGGAGGGUCUGGAGGAGUCACUACAGUGGCUGGGGGUCCAGUUCCACGAGUCUCCCUCCAAAGGAGGACCAUACGGUCCUUACAUUCAGUCUGAACGUCUCUCACUAUACCAACAAUAUGCAAGAGAACUACUCAAUGGAGGGAGUGGUUACCCGUGUUUCUGCGGCAAGGAGAGGCUGCAGUCUCUCCGGCAGCGAGGAACGACUGGCUACGACAGGCGGUGCAGGAAGUUGAGCAGACGGCAGGCAAACGAGGAAAUGAGCAGGGGCUCCCCUUUUACCGUCAGACUGAAGGUGCCAGAGAAUGAAGUAGUGUGCGUGGAGGAUGCAGUGUACGGCAGAGUUGAAAUUAAAAGCUCGACCAUCGAAGAUCAAGUUUUGUUGAAAACUGACGGGUUUCCCACCUACCACUUUGCCUGUGUCGUGGACGACCACUGCAUGGAGAUAUCACACGUCCUCCGGGGAGAGGAGUGGUUGCUUUCCACUGCGAAGCAUUGUCUUCUCUACUCCAGUUUGGGCUGGAAGCCACCGCAGUUUGUCCAUCUUCCACUCCUGGUUUCAAGCACUGGAGAAAAGCUGUCUAAAAGACUACAGGGAACUUCUGUACUGAGCUACCAAGAGAGAGGGUUUCUGGCGGAGGCUGUGGCUGAGUUCCUCUGUCGGCUGGGGUGGAGUGGAGGAGGAGAGAGAGAAGGCCGGAGUCUGGAGGAGCUGGCCGCUAACUUCUCUCUGUCUGGGAUCAGCAGGAGCCCCGCUACAGUAGACGAGGGGAAACUAAUGUCGACGAACAAGAGACACUUCCGCAGACAUCUCCACGAUCCAGAGUCUGCUGCAGUCCUGGCCAGAAAACUGGCAGAGUGUGUCAAGACAACACUCACAGUGCCGCACGAUUCUAGUUCACUGGCACCCGAGUACCUCUUUCAAGUUCUGCAACUGCUAGAGGACAGGAUCUCUCUUAUUCCUCGAGUGCCAAUUGACGCUCCAUAUUUCUGGACACCUCCCAGUGCCACUAAAGAAUCCAUACCCUCCCCAGACAUUGCUGGUAGCCGUUUUAACUUAGUACUUAAUCAGAAACCUCAACUUGCUAGCAUAAUAAUAAUUAUAGUCUCUUCAAAGCAUUGCUUAUAUAUACUGUAUGGAAUACCUUUGGGCAUGAUUUUGUGUAAAAGCCUAGGUCUACAAACUCCCAAUACUAAAAGCAUAGAAACCUGCUUAGCCUGUAGCUAAUAUUCGAGUUGUGACCACUGCAGCCAGGUUGUUGGAAGAACUGAGUGGUAGGCUGCAGGAGUUGACUGACUUCUCCCAAGACUGUGUGGCUAAGGAGCUGAAGGGGGCGUCGGUAACCCUGGGUGUCCCUCACGGGGUCACCAUGCAAGUCUGUCGGGCUGCCAUUGUGGGGCAAGAGAGGAGUCCUGGACUUGCUGGCGUGUGCAGUGUUCUCGGGAAAGAACAAGUCUUGGAGAGGUUCAAACUAGCUGCAAUUGCAGUCAGAUGACCAGCAGUACUACGCACUGCAGUAUUGUUUGUUUGCCAGUACGGACUGUUUGGAAUCAACGGGAAAAACUUUGAAACUGAACUGUUAUGUACACUCCAGUUACAGCACUCUGCUGUACUGCCAGCAUAACGGUCCUCCGUAUGUAUUACUGUCUGUGGAAUGCGUUGCCAUGACUUCUACAAAGCAAAUGUUUACAUCCAAGCAUUCAGGAUCCACUACGAGGGUCUCGGGACAUUCCAAAGUCCACACAAUAA